CUCCAGGGGAAAAGUGCUGGGAGAUCUACAAAGUGGAAUUCUUUUCUUUUCUUUUCCUUUUUGGAAAAAUUUUUUUUUCCCCUCUUCCUUUGCUCUCUUUCUACUGCCGACUUUGUAAAAAUCCUUCAACUUUACAGAAAACCUCUUUGUUAUUCUUUAACCCAAUCGAGGAAGAGGAGGGUUAAAAAAAAGAUAUUACAGCCAGUCCCAAGCUAAACCUCUUCUCGACAAAGCCCAGCUCUACCUGCUUGAGUGCUACUCCAGACAGCUUUUUUCAUUCGUUGCAGACAGUUCAGGAGAGUCAAAGAGAAGCUUGUUCCCUUCUUUUGCUCCCUCUUUAGCCUCUUCUUGCACACUUUGCUUUUUGGUGAGGAGUGUGGAUUAUUGUGCAACCUCACCAAAAGUAUCCUUGGUCCUUUUUUGAAAAAAAAUCUUUUUUCCAGCAACUUUUUUUAAAAAAAAUCUACAACCUGUUGCUUCUAUAAUUCUUUCAACUGCCAUCGCCUGAAGAUUUUGACAGCCUGGUGUUUCUAUAUAUUAAACACACACAUGCACAUGUAUAUAUAGAUUAUUAUUUUUAUUAAGGUGGAAAACUCUUUUGGAAUCUGAAGGAGGAGAUAUAUUUUUGUUUUCUUUUUGCUUUGUUUUGCUUUUAAGACCAUUGUUCUCUCUCAGAAAGACAAUAUAUUCUGCAUCCCUCACCUGCAAAAACUGCGCCUGCCAGCGCCUUGAAGAUGCUCCUGAGGCAGGUUAUCCUUUUGUCCCUCUGUCUGGGGCUUUCGCAUGGGCUGGGCUCCUUUGUGCACUGUGAACCCUGCGACGAGAAAGCCCUCUCCAUGUGCCCUCCUAGCCCAGUGGGCUGCGAGCUCGUGAAGGAGCCCGGCUGCGGAUGCUGCAUGACGUGCGCCCUGGCUGAGGGGCAGUCGUGUGGGGUGUACACUGAGCGAUGUGCCCAAGGCUUGCGCUGCCUGCCACGCCAGGGCGAGGAGAAGCCCUUGCAUGCCCUGCUCCAUGGCAGAGGGGUCUGCCUUAAUGAAAAAAGCUACAGGGAGCAAGCCAAAAAUGAAAGGGAAUCUCGAGAACAUGAAGAGCCAGUCACAUCGGAGAUGGCAGAGGAGACCUUCCAACCCAAAAUAUACAGAAACAAGGGACAUGGACGCAUCUCUGAACUAAAAGCAGAUGCCUUGAAGAAGGAGCGCAGAAAGAAGCUGACUGUGUCUAAGUUACUGAGUGGGGCAGAAAACACUGCACACCCUCGGGUUGCUGCCCCUGAACUGAGACCAGACUUUGAGCUGGGCCCUUGUCGGAGACAGAUGGAAGCAUCACUGCAGGAGCUCAAAUCAAGCCAGCGAAUGAUCCCCCGUGCUGUUCACCUUCCCAACUGUGACAGGAAAGGAUUCUACAAGAGGAAACAGUGUAAGCCAUCUCGAGGCCGAAAACGUGGAUUGUGUUGGUGCGUGGACAAGUAUGGACUGAAGCUGCCAGGAACAGAUUAUGUAGCUGGAGACCUCCAGUGUCACAACUUUGACAGUGGCAACACUGAGUGAAACCCCCUCUUGCCUCUCUCUUUCUCCCUGCCAGAGUCCUUUCCACCCCACCACCCACCCCACACCUCACGAUGCCCCAAGAGACUGAUUCCUUUCAUCUCAUUUAAGAAACUGAGGACCUCGGAAUCUACUGCGUGUCAUCAACUUCUCUCAAUGGCAGUGUCAGGGACUCAAGGAGAAAAGGCAACACCUUAAGCCAAAAAGAAAAAAAAACAGACAGAAAUUAAUGACGGCAAUGAUAAUGGUGAUGAUGACGAUGACAAUGAUAAGCCAGCCACUUCCCUGGGGAAUAUGGUCCUAAACAAAUCCUACAACUUGCCUUUCUUGCAUGUAACUCCGCACAACCACCAAGACAACACUGGUGUGAGAAGCCCUCAGAAGCACUUGAAUUAUAAUUGAGUUUUUUGUCUUUUUCUUCUAAAUAUGAGUUUUGACCCUUUCGGAACUGAAAAAUACUUAGUUUGAUUAGUGAAAUCCUAGUAGAAACAGGUCCCUGGUUUACCUUUAUAUGUUUGGUCACAUUUCUUUCCUACCAGUUUCAUUUUUACCUACCCAACCCUGUCCCCUAAGGCUAAAGCUCAUUGACUCUCCUGCAUGCAUUCUUAUAUGUUCCCUGUGGGAGUAUUUCCCUAGGCUGUUAAUGAAAAGUCUGACCUGAUGACUUCAGGUGGCACGAUACAUCCCUUUUCUGUGCAAACAUGUACACAUGGACACUUUAUUGAACAUGGCCCUUUCUUUACACACAGACCCUUUUGACUUCAAUCAUAUGUGAUGCCCCACAAACAUGUUUGGAGUUACUCCUGUAAGUCAGAGGUGUUCAGGAGUAUGUUACCUACAGGAUUAGGACAGGUGAUAUUGUAUAAAAUAUAAAAAUAGUUUGAAGCAAUACCAUGCCAUAUAUCCUGUACAUUCUUCAAAGCAUAACAUUUUCCAUGCAUACAUAAACACACCUGUGGAUUUCCACACCCCACAGGCUAGUAGAAUCGCCCCACUGCCUUUUUUAUUGUAAGGAGGGGGGGGCAAACAAUGCUUGUGCUUAACUGAAAUAUCCCAAACGCUGUUCUGCACAAGGAGAACUGGAAGAGAUUAAUAUAAGAUUUAUAAAAAUCAAUCAUAUUACAAGUAUAAAUUUAGUCCACGGUUAGAGAAAUAUUUUACCACCUUUUGAGAUCUCUGACAUAAAAUUUGAGGACCUCUGUAGACAGAGAUCCUCAACUCUUCCAAAGUAUACUUGAGUUACUGGCUGUGAAUAGGUUGUCAUUUUUUUUUCCUGACAAAGUCUCUUAAUCUCUAAACAGCAGCUUGGUAAACCGAAAUUCAAUAGGUGUGAUUUUUAUCUCCAUCAAUGCAUUCUUCUGUUGGGGAAAGCUACACCAAUUGCAUUUUUGUGAAAUACCCAGUGUCUGUGUGAGGAACGAAAAAGUACUAAUUCAACAUAGCAUGCAUCAGGGCCUGCAGAAAACCAUUGAUUUGACAGCCUUCACAUUCAGGCUUGGGCAGACCACUAAAGCCAUUUUUUAAAAAGAAAGGUUAUUAUUGUUGUUUUUACUGUUGUUGCUGAUUUUUUUAACUCCUUGGUGUGUUUCCAUGGACACUGCCAUGACAAGGGUCUUUCUUAUGCCCGUAACAAUGAAUGAGAGUGCAAGCAGAUGCCAAGAACAAAAGAAAGAAAGAAUCAUGCCUCCUUAGCAUGGGAGGAAUCGCUGAAGUAUAGUAGCCAUUAAGAGCCAUUGGGCCUCUGCUGUAGAUCUGAGGGUGGAAAAGAAAGGGAACCCUCGGUGGCCAUUACCUGCUAGGGAUGGACUCCAAAGGACUAGAGGACUCUGGUGUGGCUGGCUGCAAGCACUUCCAGACAACGUGCUGAUCAGAAGCAUGGAGAGAGAAGGAAGCUGUUUCCUGUGGGUAGGUGCGGAAAGCCUGCGCUGCCCGCCGAGUGUCAGAAAAACGUGCCAUUGACAGGAGAACCGGAAGAACACACACAACACACAUUCCCCCGGAACAGACGAAAGGGAAAUGAGGAAUCUUCCCAGCAGAACAGCUGCUGCAUGUGAGCACCUGGGGCAGGUUUUAUUCCUGCUCCCCUUCACCACCACCAGCCUCACGAUUCAAAUAGACUUGGGACAAAGGUUUUGAAGGCCAAGAGUUGAUCUGGUUUACCCAGGGAUCUGAGGUGGGGGGGAAAAACCAAGAAAGGGAGCUGGAGCAGAGGCAACAUCUGGUCUCAUUUUAUGGAGGGGGAAGAAGACUUCUCCCAGUCUGGAUGUGCUAAAUCUCAUUCUUUUGUGCAGAGACUGGGAAUGAUGUGGAAACGUUUAAAAAGUCAUCCUAUGGGGGAAAAACUUUCAAAGAAUCCCUGCCACAAACAUCAACAGUGCAAACAAAAUCUACUCCAUCCUUUGAUCCAUCGCUUGGUAUUUGUUCCAGAUACAUACUUCUUGGCAUACAGAUUUCCAGAGACAUGUGGAUCACCUCCAGAGAGAUUUCAUCGUUCCCUUCCCCUGGGUAUUUGGCGGCAGCAAUGAGACUUGUCUUGUGCCUUUUCUCCUUAAGGUUUGGGGCUGAAUUUUCCAAAGGCACCUGUGUUGCAAAAGGCAGACCUGUGCUUUGACUGGGGUGUUGGCUAAUAAGAACAGCUGGACCUGGUCUUGUUUUGGGGGACACCCAUCCAGCCCUGCUGUAUGCAAGGUGUGGGAAGGUGAAAAUGCCCCUUUCUUUGCUACUUGCAUUUGGGUUGGUAGUUGACUCGAUUGUUUGGCAACACCUUUCUCCUUAAAUUGCAGAGUGUUCCACUUACUAUAGCAGAACAAUCAGGAUAGUCAGUUACCCUGUCCAGACAAUUCCUUGCCUGUUCCCCAGUGACCAGGAUGGUAUAGACCACUUCUGACUUUUGAGGACAGGACAUGCUACACGAAUGGACAUCUGCAUCACUGGUAUAUGAAUGAGGAACAUGUGCGUUCAUGACAUUGAUGGAGGUGAGGGGGACCAUUCUCCUUGCUUUGUUGUAGGUAACCUGGGUAUCACUUUUUUACACUAGAACUUCCAGAAACUAUUGGCUAGCAAAGCCAAAAGGUCCAUCAUCUAACCAGGGCAUUCAGGGAGCCAGUUUUAAAAAGUUACUUUUCCAGGUUGGUUUUUUCCUAGCAAUGGCCAUCGGUCUGGUGCUUGUGCAAGAAGUUCGUAUGCAACAUUGGGGCUAUAUCUGUGGUCUUCUGUCAGAUAAGAGUGAAAAAGUUUCAGGAUUUUCUAGCAGUUGGUUUCAGCAUGGGUCAUGUCUGGAGGUUAGGAUGAGCAACUUGCAGCUUUUCAGAUAUUGGACUGCAACAUCCAUCGUCUUUCCUGGUUGGCUAUGCUAACUGGUGGUAAUAGUACAGUCCAGAAACAUCUAGAAGGACACAAGUUGUUUACCCUAGUUGUAGAAGAUCAUAGGGGACAGGACACUGGCAGGCAUGAAUAUCUUGAGUGUACCUGCCUACUAAGGACUUCCCUCUUAGGGAAAUACUCCUCGUAGGCAAUAUUCCAAAAGAGAUUUAAAGUGGGAUAUCAUUCAUGAACUACCAUGAUGGCCAGCUGACAACAGCCAAAGCAGUAGGCAACAGAAGGCUUUGGUGUGAUCCUGACAUCCAGCGGUGAUGGAUUCAAAGAGCUCCUCUCCCUGUCCCUUCCAUUAUAGAUACUGUAUGUCUCUCUGUUGCAUCAGAACAGAGGAAACAAAAUAGCCUCAUGGGACUGGGUUAGCUUUGUGCUGAAAACAAAUCUCACAACUUUUGAGCUCUUGGAAGAUGGUGGUUCCAUUUGGCCCCAGGGUGAAUGAAAGCGGGACUUCAGAGGGUGGAUCAGAGCCAUUUUGUUUACUCCAGGGCACACAAUGGAUGCUUUCUUUAUGUGUCAGUAAUAUCUGGGAGGUGUCUAAAGUUAGGAUGGCUUGUAGCUGGAGAAAGGCAAGGGCAUUUCCAUGUCUAGCAACCUUACUGUUAAAAGUAGAUUUAAAAGGAGGAAGGGAUGUGGAGAGAGAUGCAUGUAUUAAUCUAUGUAGUGUGUUUGGGGCAGGAGAUGUGCUGGGCGCAUAAAGAAAGGAACAGGCUCAGAUUUACACUGCAAAUGUGUACUGGUUGGGGUUCAGUUUGAUUACCAUGGCUGUUCCUGGAUUUUAGGGGAGGCGAGGGGACUGUACUUUGCUGAAAGUGCUGGGAAUUCUGUUAGGCACUUCCUUGAAGAAUUUCAGAGCCUAAGAUGCGCUUAAAAGAGAAAAUGACUUUUAAAUCAGUGUAGGUCUGUGGCGCAAAUAUGCCUUUAACUGUAUAAGAUGAAAGAAUGUCACUAAAAUCCUUCCUCCCUCAGAAUGUGGCACUUGUGGCACUCCUGGACUGGUUUCAGAGAAAUCCAUUCUUGCCCUCUUUCUUGAUAUUUUUUCUCAGUUUCCUGAAACUUGAAAACCUUUCCCUGUAUUAAAAAAAAGGACCCUACUUAUCUAGUGAAGAGGGUAUAGGACCCCUCCCCCCCUUGAUUUACAUAUACAGAGAGAGUCCAAUCUGGAGAGGUUGGCUCAGAGUGAAUCUCUCUCUGUUGCAUCAGUACUCACAACUUCCCCUGAAAAGCAGGAAGGCUGCUGCCCUAACCCUCCUGCUAAGCUCCAGCUGCUUCAUGGAAGACAUCUGCUGUUCCUUUACUGGCCAGAUAAUAGAGAACUGAUCUGGGAAGAGCAUGAGUCUUAUUUCAAAGCCUGAGCAAUGUUUGCUUCAAGUGUAGGGCUUCUUAGAGGGCCGUGCCCCACAUGGCAAAAGUGGUAAACCUGAACCCUGAGUGGGACGGCAGCUUAACUGGAUUCAAGUAUCUAUCUACUGGCAUGACCCUUGCAAAGUUUGAUCAACGCCUAAGAGCACAGGAAAACUGCAGUGCGAUGAGGCUGGUGAUAUUUUAAGAGCACCACAGUACCAGCUGUGGCUAGAAAGAAGAAUGCCCAGUUUUGUUCUCUGUAGGUUUUGAAUCAUUAGCACAAGAGAUUACAGGAACAAAAGUGAGGUUUGGGGGGGGCAUUUUACCCCAACAUAAGGGACUGUAAAAUUUCUUAUUCAAGGGCAUCCAUGAUUUUGAUCUUUGUCCUUUACUAUGCCCACCAUAUCCUUUGUAGAAUAAUAGAGCCAUUGAGUCCAACCCUUUGCUCAAUGCAGGAAUCCAAACCAAAGCAGAAUCUCUAGGUUCAUUAGCCUUUUGCAGCACAUUGACUACAGUGCCCACUUCUAGCAACCCACAAUCAAGAAUUUUACUGACCAUAAGCCACUGUCAGGUCAACACCAUCUGCCACCUUUAAAAGAAAAUACUGACAUAUCUAUGGUGUUAUAAUGCUUUAAACAUGGCCUCUUUCUAAUGGAGUGGGCCACUUUUCCUCUCCUCUCCAGUCUUUUACUCUUCAUAUAUCUGUACUCCUCAAAAGAGUCCUGCUGCAUUAACUCUUGGAGGAGGUGAGUGUCCCUGAGAACUGGCUCUAUUGUUCAGUAGCAUGAAAAGGCCUCUCCUGAGCCCUGACUCUGAGUGCCCCAAAAGGGCAGCAAAUUCUUAACUUUUUCAUUCCUUUUUAUUGCCAUAGAAAGGCUGGGGGAGGGGUUGCCUCAGGUGCCAAACUUACUUGAUCAGCCUUGGAUACUAUGCACCUUGAUGGGGGGGGGGGGG